AUGAUGUUGAUCCUUACAUUUGCACUGGCAACUUUCGACGUCAUCAUUUCGGUCAUCCGCAUCGCUUUUUUGGAGCAAGCUUUGUUGAAAAAGGCUGUUGAAAAUAGACUCUAUGGAUCCGAAACACCAAUUGCAGACCUUGAUAUAACCUUCAGCGAAUCGCGCGCCUUCAUGUGGUCUGCUGUGGAGGUGAACAUUGGGAUCGUCUGUGCUUGUAUCCUAACGCUCAAGCCGUUGGUGGUGAAAAUAUUCCCUACUAUUUUGGAGGGUUCGAGGAGAAAACAUGACAGUGGGGGCAGAAGUACGAGACCUGAAUCAUGCAGGAUUGAAGGAAUAAGCCCAGCUUCAUUUCGACCGAACUGGAAGAGUGCCGGUCCAUCUUCUAACGGCAUAGGAAACGCCAGUCAUCUCGACCCCUUUAUAUCUUCCUCUGCUGCCUCUUAUGCCAAUAUUGAAGUGGUCGGACGAGGAGUAGAUCGUCUUGCUCCCGGAGGAAAUGCAGACACAGAACAGGCGGCUCCGGUCUAUCACGCGGCUCAGGCCUAUCACGCGGCCCAGCUGGGGCAAGACCUUUACGCCGCCGUCGAACAUGGUGUUUCUGUCAUACACGCUGAUGCUGGGACUGGGCAUGGCCAGGUACCCAACAGUUACGCGCCGGACUUUAUAACAACUCCGGAUAUGAACAACCUAUCAAAUCAUCCUGGAGUAGCGCUCCUACCCCAAAAUCCUGAAGCAGGUCGAAGGUUGUUUAGAUGUGUCCGCGUCCAUCUGCCAUCGAAAUGCAUCAACAAUCUAUCUACCCAAGAAUCAUAUCUCCCUAUUGCGAUAAUAUCGAUCCUGUUCUUCCUCUUACAAUUUCUUCUUACGCUGAUGAACGUCCACAUCGCGGAUAUCUUGCGCGUUCUCAACAUCUCCUCUCGGAGAGUUAUUCAACUCCAAGCCACGUACUACACGGGAUACUUCGUUGGCCCUCUCUUCAUCAGUCGAUUCACCUUUGCAAAAUUCAGCCUGCAUGUGACUUUGCUGACGGGGCUACUUAUCUUUUCUACAGCACCGAUGUUCUUCUGGCCCACUGCAGUUCUCUUAACUAUACCUGGCCUGAUAGUGUCCUACUUUGUCCUGGGAUUGGGAUUUUCUGUGGUGUAUAAUGCAAUUUUUGUUUUCAUAUCGCUUUGCGGCCCCUUCCAAUACGCGGUUCCUCGUUUCUUAUUUCUUCAUGGCGUGGGAAAUCUCGGGGAAUUGCUGUCCUUCAUCCUUGCCUCCCAAUACAUCUUCCCGGAAAAUCCGACGGAAACAACCAUUCUCAACUCGCAGUGGACAUUCUUGGGAGUGACACUUUUUGUGGUCUUUCUCACCGUCACUCUCUACUAUAUCCCUUUACCAGGAGUGUCCUACGAUGACCUGACCCAGAACGCAGAAUAUAUUGCAGGCGUGCGCCAGAUAAUCAUGUCACCGAACAAGGCAUACGUCUGUAAUUGGGAUGUUGUAUACACCACCCUUGCGCUUGGUGUCUUCUCCGCAUUCUGUUAUUCUGGUUUCAACUCUGUUACCGCCUACAUUUUUACGGAUUAUGUGCAAUCCAUGGAUCCGACCCCGGGGCUGAAUGGGCGCCAUAUCUUAUGGAUCGCAGGCGCUGUUCAUGUUAUCAGUCAAUUGGUCGCCGCCUCGAUUUGCUGCUAUGUCAGACCAUCAUGGGUAUUGUUAUCAUGCUGUGUUAUCAACAUCAUCCUGUCGAUUCUCACUCUCACUGUCGAGGGAACCGCCGGCGUUGUGGUGAUUGUGGUCCUGCAAAUCUUUGCGGGUCCCGUAUUCCCACUACUAUUGAGCCUCCCGUUGAGCAGACUCGGACGGUACACUUUUGCAGCAUCUACGUAUCUGACUGCUACCCUAUCAGCGGGCGCACUGUUCGUCCCAGUUACGUACUUUGUGCAAAAACAUCCGAGUGCGAAUCCGAUCCAAUACAGCUUCUCUGUGGCACUUGCUUGUUCAUGUUUCGGCAUCACGAUGCCGUUAUACCUUAAUAUUAGUCGGGCAGCGAGGAAGCAGGUUUUCGUGGAGAAGGUUGAGCGAUAA